AGUCGAGAAACAUUUGAGAAAUAUAAAAGAACUAAGACUUAGGGAACAAGACGGUGAUAGUGAUACGGAAAAGGUUUAUCCUGUCUAGUCGUUACUAUGGCCGUCUUGUUUCCGUAUCACUAUCAUAUCUAUAAGAGAGACAAAGAAGAAAGAAUAAAUCAAAAUGGUCUAAAUAGAGUAAAAUAGUCGGAAAAGUUCAAAAUGGUCAACGGUUUUGGUUUGUUCUACAGUGCAAUCAGAAAGUGUGUUAGCAACUAGUGUUAAAAAUAUUUAUGUCUGAAGAAGUUGUAAAACUACAACGAAACGUAACAAAUUUUAAAUAAAAUAAUUAGGAAGAGAAACAAAAUGAAUACUGUGCUCUUCUUUUUCUGCCGACGCACAGAACAGAAGAAAAACAAAUGAUGAAUCGACUCAACAAUGACUCACAUGUUGUGCAAUUACUUGUAGAAAAACGACGCCAUAAAUAUUUCUUGUUAGAUAUCGAGAAAAACAGUGACAUAUGCCGUCGUCGACCCUCGAAACAUUACCCGAUGAAAUUUUAAUGAUUAUUCUGCGAUAUUCUUCCAGCAUUUAUACUAUAUUUCGAACAUUUUCUGGCUUAAAUCAACGUCUGAAUAACAUUCUUGUCGAUAGACGUUUGCAUCUAUUCACUGAUUUCUUAUCGAUGAAUGUCAGUGAUGCAAAUGUCGAUUACUAUUACAAUUCUAUGUUGUUCCGCGAUGUGUCUCAACAGUUAUCAUCUCUGACCACAACGACAGAAAAUGACAAACAACUUCAUCAAUGUCUUCAAUCGUUAGUUGUUUUUCACAUUAAUGAAAGAUAUAAGCAAAUGGAACAUGAGUUUCAAUCACGUAUAAGACAAUUUCAAGCUGUACGUACGCAUCUCACUCACGAGGAGAUUGAUAAUCUGGACAAGGAACUGAAGACAACGUUCAAACAUUUACGCCACUAUCCCUAUCCGAUCAGGCAUAUCAAACAAAUUGAAUUCCUUGCUCUUAACAAAGGCGCUCGCCUCGAAUGUGAUAAUAACGGUGAAUUUCUUGAAUUUAAUUUUAAUAGAGCAGUGAAUGAAUUGUUACUUGUGAAUAUUAAGACUGGCCAAUAUCCCACGCGAAGAUUUCUCAAUCCUCUCGUUCAAAUGUUCAAAGCACUCAUUAUUUCGAAUCCGAAUCUUCUACAAAACAAAGACCAAGUUGGCGACAGUGGUAGUAGCGUACACUACUUCCUUCUUUUUUCGAUCUAUCGAUUACAAUACUUUUAUUCUCAUAGUUCAUCUGACUCUAUCAAUAUUCAAGGGUAUCAAGCUGCAGUAGAUUUACUUCUCUUUAUCAUAACAUGUCUGAAACAUGUAUUCAAUGAGAAGUGUUGGGAGCUGAAUAGUUUUUUGGAUACAUCAGUGAUGAUUACUUCACGUGAUCUCGAGUCUGAUCACAAAAUAAUCGUUCAAACGAGUCAAAUGGAAAUAUUGAAAAUUAUACUCGAUGAAUAUAGUCGAAAAGAGACAGCACUUUGGAAUGAAUGUUUUAGUGACGCAUUUCGAUUAAUUCUCCAGAAUUUAAUUAAAAAUGAUCGAAUCGAUGUGAUUUUAGUCAUUUAUCGUCACAAUGAGCUCGUACACGAUUUCUUUCAAAAGCCGUGGAAUAGUCGAAAAAAUCUCGAUAUGAUGACUGGAAAUAGGAUGGGAAGGCAACUAUUUUGUGUGCUCUUGGAUGAGAAUCCACUAGGACCGUGGUUCACAAGUACAGAUAUGUUAUUUAUUCUAUUACAAAAGAGAGAGUGCAAGUAUGUAAAAAAAUUAUUGAAAUUAAUACCAUCACUCAUCGAUCGCUGCGACGAGGAUGGUAACACUCUAUUACUUUUCGUUUGUCUCAAGGUCGGUGGUUGUCGACAUUGUCUCGUGAAAUUUUUAAUCCAGAUGGGAUGUAAUUUACAAGCAAGAAAUGUCAAUGGUGAUUGA